AUGUUACUAUUAUUCCUUGUAUUUAUUAUCGUUGAUGUUCGUUUAUGCUACGUGGAAACUGCUGACAUAGACUACUUGGUUAGAUACUACGUUGUUCUGAAACGUGUUGCUAGAGUUGCCAUGGGAAAUAUCCCAGCCGUGUAUUUAACAGUCACCAAAAAUGAUUUUGUGACAGCCAUAACGGGCUUGUCUAAUGAUAUGUCCUUGUCGUUACAUUAUUGGUUUUCAAGAUUGAUUUUCAUAAUGAUCACUAUUCAUGCCGGUUAUGGUAUCUACUAUUGGCAGUUCGAUAUCAAGUCUCCAAAAAUGUUAGAUAUACCUCCACAAUACUUUGGCUAUAUUGCUUAUGCAUCCUUCUUCUUCUUGGUGUUUGCUAAUAUUAAAAUUAUAAGACAGUUUGCUUUUGAUUUCUUCAUGGUCCAUCAUAGAAUCCAUUCAUUUAUCAUGUUAUUGUUCGCAUUCUUUCAUAAUGGAGGUAAUAAAGCCAUGGUAAUCCUCGGAGUUCAUUUAUUAGUCGCUGACAGAAUCAUAGGUAGAGUAAUGGGAAUUAUUCAAAAACGUACCUCACCUACCAAAGGCUGGUCAGAAUUUGAAAUCUUAGAUGAGGAAACAAUGAGUGUUUCUAUUCCCAUUCGUAUCUCCCACCGAAUGGAUAUGGAGGCAUGGUAUAAUACUAUCAUCCCCAAAAAAGGAAAUUGGAGAGCUGGAUCAUAUGUUCUUUUGAAUGUCGGUAAGAUUAGUUUAUUCCAAUAUCAUCCAUUUACAAUUGCAAGUUUACCAGAAUCAGGAACAAUGGUCUUGAUUAUAAAGAAAAAGAAUGGAUUUACAAAGAAGUUAUAUAAUAAAGUAUUGGAAAUUAAGCAAAAGCAAUUAGAGGAAUGGGAUGAGACUGAAGAGGAUGACAAAAAUGAAAAGGGAAAGGUGGAUAUUGACAUCUCUCAAGAACCAUCUUCGGGUUCAUCAAAUGGGACAACUGCUGAUCGAGAUAGCUAUACUGAUAUUGAUUCACGCACACACCUUGAAGCUCAAGACGAUGAACCAGAAUAUAAGAAAGUAACUAAUCCAAAUAUUGUCAAACUCAAAGCUGGUAUAAAUGGUCCAUUCUUUGCUAAGUAUCAUCCCUAUAUUACUUUCGACUCAAUUGCAUUCAUAAGUAUGGGUGUAGGUUCUUCAUUUACCCUCCCCAUUGUUCUUGACCUUCUUCAAACAAUUGAGUCAAGAAAUCUUGAGAAUGACUUUAUAGGUAGACCCUUGAAUUCAUAUAUUCAUGUUUAUUUGUCAUUUAGGUGGUUACAAAACAUUAGUUGGUAUGCUGAUUUAUUUGAGAAAUUAUUGCCAUUCAUCAAUGAAGGGAAAUUGUUCGUGGAUAUUCAUAUAACACGUACAGAUUCUCUUAGUACGAUUACUAGAGAAUUGACUAGAAAUACAUACGAUGAUCACUCUCAUAAAUUUGCCGAGAAAUUGGUGUCAUCACUGAUUAACUUUACCUUUGGAUGUAGGUUAGAUCUUGACUCCAUUAUCCAACGUCAUGUAAGUUUGUUGUCUGUACCUGAAGAUAUGACUUAUAAGUCUUUGGGUGUUGCUAUUUGUGGGGUCGAAGAGUUUGGGAAGGAGGUAGAAGUUGCUUGUGAUAAAAGAAGAUGGGGUAAAGAUGUUCCUAAUAUUUACGUAUAUAAUGAGACAUUCUAA